AGUUGCUGAAAUAAUUUUCCCUUCCUUUAGUUUACAAUGGAUUUUGGAUAAACAAGAUCUGUUGAAGGAACGCCAGAAAGACUUGAAAUUUCUGACUGAAGAAGAAUAUUGGAAACUGCAGAUAUUUUUUACUAAUGUUAUCCAGGCUUUAGGUGAACAUCUUAAAUUAAGACAACAAGUUAUUGCCACUGCUACAGUCUACUUCAAGAGAUUCUAUGCCAGAUAUUCCCUAAAAAGUAUAGAUCCAGUAUUAAUGGCUCCUACGUGUGUGUUUUUGGCAUCCAAAGUAGAGGAAUUUGGUGUAGUUUCAAAUACAAGGUUGAUUUCUGCUGCUACUUCUGUAU